GCUAAUUUGUGAAGGAUGGUCUAGAAUUCUAUGUGUCACAUCCAGAUAUCAGUAGACUGUAUAACCUAAUACAAAAUGGACAGAGGCUUGUGUUUAGAUAUUGUUCAGACACCUGCUGUGACAGCAGAAUCAACACCACUGACUCAGUGUAGAGAUAAUCGAAAUGGAAAAUUUCUUACCCACUGGUGUUAACCAUAGCUGGGCAGAGGAGGAGGUGACAUGUAAAUGUGUCAAGGCAAAAGAGUACCAGAAUACUAAAAGAUGUAACCUCCCAGCAAUAUAAGACUACACUACACACACACUGAGAUGGUGCAUUCCCCCUCCCUGUUCCUUGGGUGGCAAAAUGCUUGAGUGAAAGUGAGAUGGACAAGAAAGCAACAUGAUUCUUACAGAAAAUAUCUCAGAAUAUCAACCAGAAUUGGUGAAGAAAAUCAUGCUCACUUUGUGCUGGAUCCUAGCAUUGUUUGUCAAUGGGGCAGAAGUUAGAGAGAUUAACUUUUUAGGAUGUUCCCAUGUCGAUCCUCAAAUAUGGUAUCGUGCAAUUAGUGGUGAGGAAUUUGUUUUACAAUGUGCUUUACCAGAUAGAGAUGCUACCCACAUUUAUAACAACUCACUUCCAAAACAACAUAAGGUGAAAUGGUUCUGGCAAAAAGACAAAGAGCCACUGAAGAUUAUCAAGGAAAGCUCUAAUCCUGCUCUCCAAGGGGAUGUACUUUGGUUUAAACCUGUAAGAGACAGCGAUUCUGGAGUGUUCAUCUGUAUAAUAUGGGAAAAAAUCCCAUGUCUCAAAAUUGUUUUGGAGGUUCAUACAAAAAAGGUGGCAAAAUGUUCAGGUUAUGACACAAGCAUGCUCUAUCUUCUUGCUGGCAAUGGGAAUUCAAUAACUUGUCCUGGAACAAAAUGCUACAGCCAUAUAAAAAAGCCAGAUGUAAAAUGGUACAAGGAUGGUCAUCAGAUAAAGCAUAGGAAAACCAGAAAAAGCCUAAAGCUUAAGCAUAAUGAAAUCUACUUGAAUCCAACCUAUGACAAAGAUGCUGGAAUAUAUGUGUGUGAUUAUGUUCUAUAUGACAACACUACCAAGUGGACAGUGAGAACAACAGUUACAGUAGAAGUCAUCAUACUCCUGUUAAUUGCAGCAAAAAACACUAUCCAUCCACCCAAUUUCUUGUAUCCCAAUGGUGUGAUGAUCCUCGAAGCAGAGCUUGGAAAGCCACUUGAAUUGGAAUGCCGUGUACAGUUUGGGUUUGAAAGAGCUUCUCUGAUGAGGGUAACAUGGAAAAGAAACAGCAGAGAAAAUACAAAUGAGAAAUUGAAUCAGGAAACACGUGUUUAUCCAGAAGGUUUAAAGGGGCACACGCUUCUUCAUGUUGCAAAACUGAAAGAAGUUACUGAAAGUGACUUCGAAAGCAACUUCACGUGCUUUGCUGAGAAUUCAGUGGGGAAUGCCACAGCUAUGAUCCAGCUGAAAAGAAAGCAGAGAGUAUUUCUCUUACAUGUCCUGUGCAGUGCCAUUUCUAUUCUAUUUGCAUUACUUUUGUGCACUGCUGUUAUUUACCAGCACUGGAUUGAAAUAGUGCUGAUGUACCGAAGUUAUCUGGUCCACAAUGAAGCUACGGGAGAUGGCAAAGAAUUUGAUGCAUUUGUGUCCUAUGCAAAACUGGACUCUUCUGAAAGUGACUCAACUCUAAUUAGUGAAGAGAAGUUUGCCCUGGAGCUUCUUCCAGAUAUGCUGGAAAAUAAAUAUGGAUACAAGUUAUGCAUUCUUGAAAGAGAUAUUCUUCCAGGAGGAGUAUACACAGAUGAAGUUGUUACAGCUAUUAAACAAAGUAGACGAGUAAUAAUUAUUUUGAGCCCAGCCUACAUCAGUGGGCCGAGCAUCUUUGAACUGCAGGCAGCGGUGAACUGUGCCUUGGAAGACAAAAAGAUCAAACUGGUAUUAAUAAAGUUCCAGGCUUUCCAAGAGCCAGAGACUUUGCAUCCGGUAGUGAAGAAAGCUCUUCGGAUAUUACCAGUCAUUACCUGGAAGUCUUCUGUUUCUGCUGUUCCAAAUAAGUUCUGGAAGUAUAUGCGUUACCACAUGCCAGUGAAAACUACUGAGACAUUGGAAAAUUGGAGCUUAAAGGACUUUUGCCUAAGGUUAUUCAGCCUGGUAUAUCGAUAGCAGAAAUUUCACAGGGGGGUAGUGGAAGCAGGCUCAGGAACGGUGACGUGACUGUUAAAGGGCCUUUUCUACACUGGCUGACCACUGUGGAUUGUAGCUACUGUCAGCAAUAGCUCACUCCAAAACAGUGAGGACUGCAGUGUGACAAUACUGCAGCUCCACAGUAAAACUAAGUGGCACUGCACACAAUUGUAAAUGUGAACUGUCUUUCAUAAAUUAUUUCUGUAUUAUUUUUAUUGUAUUUAUUAUAUUUUGCUGUGAUGUUGAGACAUACAUGUGAAUGCUUUGUUAUUUGCACUGUAUUUCCUCUGGAAUAUUUUUAUACUCAUUUUCUAGAAAAAUAUUAA